GUUACACAACGGAACGCUGAAGCGAAAUAGAUAAUUACGAGCCAACGGUAUUCGUAUCGCAGUAUCAAUAUUAUUCGCGUAUUCGCAGCUCAAGUAUCGCAGUUCGUCAGCUCUGUGUUCUUCGUGGUUUAGUGUUUUCUUGUGUUUGCUUGGUACCCAGAAUGAGCAUUUUUGCGAAUGUCGAAAUUGGUCCGCCGGUGGAGGUGUUCGCUCUCAACAAGGCUUGCAAUGAGGACCCCAACCCGAGUAAGGUUAACCUUGGCGUUGGAGCGUACCGUACGAACGAGGGUAAACCAUGGAUUCUCCCGGUGGUCAAGAAGGCCGAGGCGGCUAUCGUGGCGGAUGGUUCGCUGAACCACGAGUAUCUACCGGUGCUCGGUAUGGACAGUGUAACGAAUGCGGCCUCAACACUGCUCCUCGGUGACGAUAGUGAAGCUCUCCAGAGCAAGCGGGCGUUUGGCGUGCAGUGCCUGUCGGGGACAGGCGCUUUGCGUAUUGGUGCCGAGUUUCUGGCCCGUAUACUGAAUCGCACCACGUUCUACUACUCCGAGCCGACCUGGGAAAACCAUCACAAGGUGUUCACGUACGCCGGAUUCAGCGAAGCGCGGACGUACCGCUAUUGGCACCAGGAGAAGCGCGGCAUCGAUUUUGAGGGCAUGCUGGAAGACUUAGGAAAUGCUCCCGAGGGGGCGGUCAUUAUUCUUCACGCCUGUGCCCACAACCCGACCGGUAACGAUCCGACCGAAGCGCAAUGGAAGCUGAUUGCCGACAUGUGCGAGCGGCGCAAGUUGUUCCCGUUCUUCGACUCCGCUUACCAGGGCUUUGCCAGCGGUGAUCCGAACAAGGAUGCGUUUGCGGUGCGCUACUUCGUUAGUCGCGGUUUCGAAAUGUUCUGCUCGCAAAGCUUCGCCAAGAACUUUGGUCUUUACAACGAACGAAUCGGUAAUCUGACCAUCGUCCAGAAGGACGCCAAUACCAGUGCCGCGGUUGCUUCGCAGAUUACGCUACUAGUGCGUGGCAUGUACUCCAACCCACCGGCCUUCGGUAGUCGCAUCGUGAGCCGCGUGUUGAACGAUAAAGAGUUGCGCGCGGAGUGGAUGGAGUGCAUCAAGACGAUGAGCUCGCGUAUCAUUAAGAUGCGCAAAGCACUCUACGACGAACUUAUGGCUCUGAAAACUCCCGGGACCUGGGAGCACAUCACCCAGCAGAUUGGAAUGUUUUCCUACACCGGUUUGAACGAAAAACAAGUGCAAAUCCUAAUCAAGGAGUUUAGCAUCUAUCUGCUGAAAACGGGACGGAUCAGUAUGUGCGGACUGAACGAGAAUAACGUAUCGUAUGUUGCCAGAGCUAUCCAUGCCGCCGUGACGAGGGAAUAGUGUGCUGUGGACAUUAUGCACCGUACGACGGGAAACAGCUAGCAGCGAAAAUGAAUCGGGGGAUGCCAAUGCCGACCAUUAUCACAAUCUAAUUGCAAUCUCCAUCUCAGGGGUUGUUUUAUGAAGCUGCCAGCGUAUGUUAUUCUCCACGAAACAGCGUGUUUCAGUUAUGCAUUUUUCUCCUCAAUUGGUAGUUGCUUACAAGCAAGCGAAUGGUUAAACAAAAAUAAUAAUGCAAUGCAUUUAAAAGCUUCACAAACUGGACGAAAGCGGAACAGAGAGCAAUAACUAGUAGCCGAACGAAAGGGCGUCGUAAGAAACAUGGAUGAUAAAUGCAGAAACACAGUACAAUACAAACUAUACAACAGCAAUUGAAAAACAUACGGGUUUACCAAACAUCACUGAACACGUUUUGCCUUUCUGGUGUUUGGCUCUUUGGUAACGUAGUAAACGAUGAAUCAAGCGUAGCCAAGCGUAUGUCUCAAAUUAUUAUGUGGCACUUCUCGCCCAAACGCUUGAUAGCGUGUACCGCCACUCCACGAACAGAACAGAUUAAACUCCAUGUAUUAGAAGAGCAUUUUUAUACGACGAUCAAUGUUCAGCCACGUGCAAAACAUGAUUACGUAAAUAAAGUUUAUAACUCAUUCACAUUGUCACGACACAUUAGUGUUAUUCUUACCGUGUGUUCUCUUUAUGAGUGUAUUCCUAUUUUUUGCCGUUAACGU